CAUCAUCAUAGCAUCUGUUUUGUCGUAUCAUGCCCAUUUCUAUAUAAUUUUAAACUUAAUAUGGACUUUCAGUAAUUAUAAAACUACAAAAGGUCAAGAAAUUUUUAAUUAACUAGAAAUUUUUCAUUAUUAGAAUCUAGGUUAAGUAUAUGUGGCAUCUUUCUGUCUUCGCGAGACGACGGAGUGGCUAUGUAGUCCUACAGUUCGACGAGUGUCUCACUAGGCCAAUACUGGAAUGACAAUCUCGACUGCAUUUCUCGCAGGAGAAUCUUGAUUCCUGGUUAGAUUUUGCCUUCCGUAUUGUUCUUUUUAUUGGAAGGGCUUCGUUUCGCGUAUCUUCUGCCCUUUUGACUCCUCCAUACACUGCUGUUCGCCAGCUGUAACGUUGUUCAGCAAUGAUCUCCCAUUUGUGUAUUUCAAUGUUGGCUUCCCUCAUGUUCUUUUUGCAACCGUCCAUAAAUCUCAGGCGUGGCCGUCCAAUAAGUCUUGUACCUUCUGCCAACUCUCCAGCAGCAGCAUCUUUGGGAUACAGGCCAUCCUCCAUUCUCCUUACGUGGCCUAACCAGCGAAAGCGCCUCUUGCUAAGAGCGGAGAAUAUGCUAAACAUGUGUGCACGUUCCAAGACCUCUGUGCUAGGCACCCUGUCCUGCCAUCGAAUGCGUAAAAUGCGACGCAGGCAUCUUUGAUGGAGCUGUUGAGUUUUCGCUCAUGACUGGUAUAUGUGGUACACACUUCACUGCCAUAUUGGAGCGUACUAAGCACACAUGCCUGAUAGACACUUAGUUGUUUUUUUUAUCAGUUAGAUUGAGAUUAUUCCACACCCACUUAUUCAGUUUAGCCUUAGUUGGUGCUGCUUUUGCGAUCCUGAUUUUUAUCUUUUCAUCAACGGAGAGAGAACUAGAAAUAUUGGACCCAGGGUAUGUGAAAUGCUCGACAACCGAUAGAUUAUGGCCCUCAAUAGAUAUGAUUGGAGGGGACGGUGCUUCUUUCAUGGUGACAUGUGUUUUCUGUAGACUCAUUGAGUCCAAACUUUUUACAAGCGUGUGAUAGACGAUUAACUAGCCCUUGAAGACAUUCUUCUGUGUGAGAUGUUAAGGCGGCAUCCUCAGCGAACAGCAGUUCACGAAUCUAGUUUAAUUAAGUAAUUACCAAAUUAGAGUGUCGACUACAGAGUACAUUAGACAGUUAUUUUAUUGGCUGAAUAGUUCAUUUGAUUUUAAGAAUUCCACAUAGUUUGCCGUUCAUUUUACAAAGUUCAAAAACACAAACUGUUAUCUAAGAUUAUUGACUCGAUAACUUAUCUUUAAAUAAAAUCAGUUUUGUACAUUUCAACAAGAUAAGAAAUGAAUGCAAAUUAUAUAACGUAUUAACAUGAAUUAAAUCGCUGUAGAUUUAUUUAUCUUUUUACAGCCAUAUGAUUUAGCCUUAGUUGACGUGGUAGGGUGGCAGUUAGGCUGCGUGGAAUACUAAAAAUCUUUGAAAACAAACAUUUACACACGUCCGUGUUCUAGAGAGCUGACAUUUUUAGCACACUUUCUUCUUCUUCUUCUAUUAAGGGCCCACGAUCAAUUUAUUGAUCAUUUUGGCUCCUAUGCAUCUAGAGGGGAUUUGCAAUGUUUCUGUGCCUGGUGCUGAUGAGCAUAUUUCAAUGAUUACAAGUGCUACUUUGUGAAGGAAUCAUGCAAUGGGGGUUUGGAAGGCUUGAGGCAAUAGACGCAAAUGUGUCUUAGUGUUGUCACCUCAACUGUUUCUUUUGAAAGCUUGUUCCAGUGCCUGAUUAUCUUGGGCAUGAGUGCAUACUCAUGGUUAUUUGAAUGAAAAUUAAGCAACAUAAAUUGUAAUAAAUUGAACGAUUUAUUAUUUCAUUGAAUUGAAAACAAAAAGAUGUGUGUCUACCCAACUUGAAUGGGGUUUUUGUGUGUGUUUUUUUUAAAUUAUGUUUUAACAUCUGCACUGAUUUUUUCCCAUAAUAAAUUCUAAUUUGAUCCUAUAAAUUUAAGUUUUAAAUAUUCAAUCCAUUUUUUCAAUACUCUCCUUUCUUUAACUUAUUUCAAUACUAUCACAGGAAUUUGGGGUCUUUAAAGGGCCUUCAUCAGUAAAUAUAGGAUGCAAUCAGUGCUGGAGAAAUUGUAGGUCCUAGAUCAAUUGCUUUCAGCUUCAGGGAAUUUCAAAACACCAAACUCUGAGCAGACAAGGACCAGCCAGAACUGACCAACUGAAAGAAACGUUUGAGAAUGCCGAAAACGAGCCUGAAGGAAUGGGAGGCGCUCUUUAGAGCUGCCGACAAGGACAAGAGCGGCGCCCUGGACUUGAAUGAGCUGAAAGCAAUGCUGCGUAGUGCCAACAGCAGGAUCACAGACUCACAGAUAGCGGUUGGUUAUUUCAUGAUAGCGUCUAGUCUCAGUGGGACCUUUACAAGAUACAAUAGCGUCUAGUCUCAGUGGGACCUUUUGCAACAUACAAUAGCGUCUAGUCUCAGUGGGACCUUUACUAUAUACAAUAGCGUCUAGUCUCAGUGGGACCUUUUACAACAUACAAUAGCGUCUAGUCUCAGUGGGACCUUUACAAGAUACAAUAGCGUCUAGUCUCAGUGGAACCUUUUGCAACAUACAAUAGCGUCUAGUCUCAGUGGGACCUUUACAAUAUACAAUAGCGUCUAGUCUCAGUGGGACCUUUACUAUAUACAAUAGCGUCUAGUCUCAGUGGGACCUUUACUAUAUACAAUAGCGUCUAGUCUCAGUGGGACCUUUACAAUAUACAAUAGCGUCUAGUCUCAGUGGGACCUUUACAAUAUACAAUAGCGUCUAGUCUCAGUGGGAGCUUUUUAUCAGCAGAAUAUAAUAUGAGCGACUGUGUUAAAGCAGUUCAGAGUAAAUAAACAGUGUAAAAGAGACAGGGCAAUAAUAAGGACGUUUCGGCUAGACGCCUUCUUCAGCAGACAAGUCAGAACAAGAAACAACACAUGAAUAUACAUUUAAAACUUAAGAUUCUAAUCAAAUACAGUUCUCAAAGUCUUUCUUUGGUUUUCUAAAGGGAGACUUUGUGAAAUACAUUUUUAUCGGAGUCUUCGAACUUGUAAGUUUUAAAAUGUGUUGUUUCUUGUUUUGUAUUGUCUGUUGAAGAAUGCAUCUAGCCGAAACGUCCUAGUAAGUGUUUUUUUAUAUAUUUUUUAUUUCGAGGCUAAACAUAUCUUGUUCCAGUAUUUAUGUAUCAGCAGAACCCCAAACACAACAAGAAAACAGACAUAAUGCAAAUGUUAAACUUUUCUUCCAGGAUACAUUUGUGUAUUUUGAGGGAAACAAUGGAGAUAAAAGGGUUACUCUCGCUGAAUUUAUCAAAGGCAUGAAAAAAUUGGAAGAAUUGUAAGUUUUCUGUGUAGAAUAGAACGAUAAAAUGAAAAAAAUUGGAAAAAUUGUAAGUAUUCUGUGUAGAGUAGAUCGAUAUAAUGAAAAAUUUGGAAGAAUUGUAAGUAUUCCAUGUAGAAUAGAUCGAUAUCAUGAACAAAUUGGAAGAAUUGUAAGUAUUCUGUGUAGAAUAGAUCGAUAAAAAGAAAAAUAUUGGAAGAAUUGUAAGUAUUCCGUGUAGAAUAGAUCGAUAUCAUGAAAAAAAAUGGAAGAAUUGUAAGUAUUCUGUGUAGAAUAUAAUCGAUAUCAUGAAAAAAUUGGAAGAAUUGUAAGUAUUCUGUGUAGAAUAGAUCGAUGUCAUGAAAAAGUUGGAAGAAUUGUAAGUAUUCAGGGAAGAAUAGAUCGAUGUCAUGAAAAAGUUGGAAGAAUUGUAAGUAUUCAGGGAAGAAUAGAUCGAUAUCAUGGAAAUAUUGGAAGAAGUAAAGUAUUCUGUGAAGAAAAGAUCAAUAACAUUAUGACAAUUUGAAUAUAUCCCGGAAAAAGAAAGUGGGUGUUGUAAUAUUUAGAUAUGUGGUCAAUAUCUCGCUAGAGUUUGUUCAUGGGCCAUGUACACUUGUUUGGUUUGUUAUGUUUUCUCACAAACAAGCACACUUACUCCCACCCACACAAAAACACUCACUUCCUUCCCUGACCAAUAAUUCUCCUUUGUUUCAGUCUCAAUAAACUGACGGCCCUGUUCCAUAAAUUCGAUAAGGAUAGCAGUGGAUUCCUAGAAAAAAAUGAAUUUAAAAAAGUCCUCGAAGCUUGUGGAUCAAAACUUACUGAGGCUGAACUUGCUGAGAUCCUUCGCAAAACAGAUACAAGCCGAGAUGGCAAGAUAUCUUUAGAAGAGUUCCUAAGUGCCAUGAUGUAGCAGAAUCAAAUCCAUUUGCAUAAUCCUUCUAUCAUUUUAAACCUGAACAGCUAAAGUUGUAUUUUGAACAACUUUUAUCAUUACAAACCUUAACAGUUAAAGUUGUAUUUUGUACAACUUUUAUCAUUACGCACCUUAACAGUUAAGUUGUAUUUUGUACAAAGUAUCUACUUUACAGUGUCCAGCAGAAAAUGUGCCGACAUUAAUGUCAGUUGCAUUAGCUC